GAAUAUUUUAUCUCAUCGCAUCUUCUUUAUAAUCAUGGCCAAGAAGAGAAGAGUUGCUAUACUCCCCACAAACAUCAUCUUGCUCCAGAAUGUAGUAAAGCGUGAUCCCGAGUCGUACCACGAGGAGUUUGUCCAGCAGUUUGCUCACUACGAGUCUUUACGGGAUAUUUUUUUGACAUCUCCAGAUUCAAGCAAUUUCCAGGAAUUUGGGGAUCUUGUUGGAUUUGUAUCUGCCGUAUGUAACUGCUACCCUAAAGAGACUGCUAAGUUCCCAGAUGAUCUUAGGCAGCUUCUUGUUAACAACCACAAAGACCUUUCCCCUGAGUUAAGAGAAAAAAUAAUUCAGUGUUUGACGAUGUUAAGAAACAAAGACAUCAUCAGCGCCGAAUUCUUGAUCCAAACCCUCUUCCCGCUCUUGACGGCGUACGGUAGUACGACUGCUGGCCAGCAUGCUAAGUCGGUCCGGCACCAGAUUUACUCGACGUUGGUUCUGUUGUUGAAAGCCGUCAAUAUGGGAGCAAAAAACCAGAAAAUCAACCGGUCUACACAAGCAUUGUUGUUCAACUUGUUAGAGCAACGAGAUGCCCAAGGAUUAUGGGCAACUAAGUUGACCAGAGAAUUAUGGCGCCGAGGCAUUUGGGAUGACCUGAGAACGGUUGAACUUAUGACUCAAGCUGCUUUACAUCCUGAAGCCAAAGUGGCCAUAGCAGGAGCCAGAUUCUUCUUGGGUGCUGACAAGGAAAGAGAGGAAAACUUCGAAGAGCAGUCCAGUGACGAUGACGUUGACAUGGGUGCGUUGCGUCACAAGAUGCAAAUCAACAAGAAAACCAGUAAAAGAGGUAAGCGAUUAGAGCAGGCAGUCAAAGCCGUCAAGAAAAAGAACAAUAAAAACACCCAAGUGUACUUGAACUUCUCGGCUCUCCACUUACUUAGAGACCCCCAGGGUUUUGCCGAGCUGUUGUUUGAUGGCCAUUUGAGUGGAAAGAACAGUAAUAAAUUCGACUUGGACCAAAAAAUCGUGUUUAUGAACUUGGUUUCGAGGUUGAUUGGAUCACACAAGCUUACUGUCUUAGGAAUUUACUCCUUCUUCAUGAAGUACUUGACGCCCAAGCAAAGAAAUGUCACACAGAUCAUGGCAGCAGCUGCCCAGGCCUCCCACGACUUGGUACCACCAGAACAGAUUUCGACGGUGGUGAGAAAAAUUGCCGACGAGUUCGUUAGUGAUGGGGUUUCUGCUGAGGUGGCCCUGGCAGGGUUGAACACCAUCAGAGAGAUUUUGUCGAGAGCACCAUUGGCUAUUGAUGUCACUUUAUUACAGGAUUUGGCUGAGUAUAGAGGACUGAAAGCUAAGGCCGUGACAAAUGCUGCAAGGGGAUUGAUCACCUUGUACAGAGAAGUAGCACCGGAAAUGUUGAAGAGAAAGGACCGUGGUAAAGCUGCGAGUAUUGAGAUGCAACAUACCGAGAAGGCCAAGUUGCCUGAGUUUGGUGUUCAGAAUACGGUUACGUCGAUACCUGGUAUUGAGUUAUUGGCCCAGUGGAGAGAAGAACAAGGUCUUGGGACUGAAGAUAAGGACGAUGAUUGGGAGGUCGAGGAGAUCGAUAGUGACGAGGAAGAGGAAAUUGAGGAGAUCGAAGGUGACUGGGUUACGGUUGAGUCUGACAAGGAAUAUGAUCUUUCUAAUGAUGAAAGUGAUGCUGAGGAUGCUUCUGGUAAGAAUGCUGCUGAUGAUGACUCUGAACCCCCAACAAAGAAACAAAAGCUCACUAAUGAGCAGGCCAUGAACGCGAUCCUCACCAGUAAAGUGUUGACUCCCGCUGACUUUGCCAAGUUGGAUGAGUUGCAGAUGGAAGCCGGAGUUCAAAAGCACAUGGGAAUCAAGACAGAUGACACUGUGGAUGGAGACUCGUUGGUUGGAACCGUCAAGUUCAAGCAGACCAAGGAAGAAAGACUUGAGCAUGUUAAGGAAGGUAGAGAAGGCCGUGAAAAGUUUGGAUCGAGAAAGGGUAGAAGAGACGCACCACACUCGACUACCAACAAGGAGAAGGCUAGAAAGAAGAACUUUGUUAUGAUGAUCCACAAGAGAAGUGUGCAAGGUAAACAGAAGAUGUCAUUGAGAGACAGGCAAAAGGUGUUGAAAGCACAUAUCACGAAGCAGAAGCGGAAGAGUUAGGUCAGUAGUUAAUUAUAGCCCUAAAUGAUAUAGCAGAUGACGAUAGCAAUGCACAUAUAACACU